CGCAUAUGUCGUAAAAUAGAAUCCAAGUUUGUUAAAAAAAAUAAAAUUGAAUCCAAGUACCCGAACCGGACGCACAUCUUAUCCAUUUCGCAACCGUACAGUUCUUUCAGUUCCAAUUCUCGCUUACCUCCUUCUCCAACUGACCAGUAUCCACCUUCAGAGAAGUCGCAGAUCGUUUAUUGUUCCGGACCCUACUACCGCCUAUCUUCUUCCUUACGAUAAAUCAAAAUUAGGGUUUUCUGACGCCAAUUGAAUUAUCAAAGGAUUCCCUUUCGGAGUGGGUGCAUUGAAGAUGAGCGAGGUCUUCGAAGGCUACGAGCGUCAGUACUGUGAGCUCUCCGCUAAUCUUUCUCGGAAAUGUAAUUCCGCCGCUGCUCUUUCCGAUCAUGCAGAGCAGAAGCAGCUGAAGUUUCUUGAGAUCAAAGCUGGAAUAGAUGAUGCUGAUGUUCUGAUUCGGAAAAUGGACUUGGAUGCAAGAAGUUUGCAACCGAGCGUGAAAGCUGUACUUCUUGCUAAAUUAAGGGAAUAUAAAUCUGAUUUGAAUCAGUUGAAAAGGGAAUUCAAGAGAGUAGCAUCACCUAAUGCUAAUCAGGCUUCCCGGGAAGAGUUGUUAGAGUCUGGAAAUGCAGAUGUUCAUUCGGCAUCUGCUGAACACAGGGAGAGAAUGGCAAUGUCAGUUGAGAGGUUAAAUGAGUCGAGUGACAGAAUUAUGGAGAGCAGAAGGACUAUUUUGGAGACUGAAGAGCUUGGCAUCUCAAUUCUCCAAGAUUUGCAUCAACAGCGUGAAACUCUUCUACACUCUCAUAAUAAACUUCAUGAAGUUGAUGAUGCCAUUGACAAGAGUAAAAAAGUCUUAACUGCGAUGUCCCGGAGGAUGACCAAACACAAAUGGAUUAUAGGCUCAACCAUUGGAGCUCUUAUUUUUGUAGUCCUCUUGAUUCUAUAUUUCAAGCUUUUUCACAGUUGACCACUACAGGUUGUAUUCACAAUUCGUAAGUACACAAUUGGUCAUGUUGCCACCACGGAUUCUGCUGCCUCCAUGGUGUGAUUUGUUGAAUAGUUAAGUGCAUUGCCUGAAGUCAUUACGCCUUUAUUGUAUUAAUUUCAUGGUACUCGUGCUUCUGUGGAGCAUCACAACUCGUAUGAUCGGCCAGAUACUCAAGCGGCAAUGCCUUUUACCCUUGUUUGAAUCCACUGUAAAACAUAGUUAAAAGGAAAAUGUUUAUUUGUCUUUUUUAUCGAACUGUUUGAUUUCAUUUCAUUUCUAGAUUACAUGACCAUUAAAAGUUGCACUGUAAAAACAUCAUAUUUUCUGUAUAUUGUCGUGUCGGUUAUUUCAGUCUUUCGGCGUUUUUUGUUUUCGCGUU